AUGGCUCUUUCUGAAAAUCAUAGGUAUAUUGUGCAGGUGUUUGUAGGAGCGUUAUCUGCUCAAUAUGAGGCACUCUCAGUUGAAGCCUCAAAGCAAACAAGCUCUGAAGAAAUUGUUUGUUGUAUAGCUGAUAAGCUCAAUUUAAAUGAUGGUGCGGGUGGCCCCUAUGAACUUGCAGAGGUGGUGGGAGAUGUGGUUAGUGGCGAAUGCAAGGAGAGACGGUUGGGGUCUAACGAGUCACCUGUGGCUGUCAUGAUGCUCUGGCCGAAUAACAACACAGGACAAUAUUACAGGUUUUACCUACGCGAGAAGAUACCGGACGAGCCAUGGAUGGAAAACUUCUCCGUAGAUCCGCAACUAAUAAAGGAUUAUUUCCAAAGGUUCCUUUACCAGCCGAAGGACCGGGAAUAUCCAGACCUUUGCCAACUGCCGGAACUAAACGAGCAGACUCUCUUGGACAAUUUAAGAGCGAGGUUCGGCGCGGGAUACAUAUACACAUAUGUGGGCUCUAUAUUGAUAGCGCUCAACCCGUUCAAGUUCUAUCCGAUAUACAAUCCGAAGUACGUGAAGCUCUACCAGAACAAGAGGAUAGGCUCCAGUCUGCCCCCACAUAUAUUUGCCGUAGCGGACGCCGCAUACCACUGUAUGCUCCGUGAAAGAACAAAUCAAUGUAUUGUGAUUAGUGGUGAGAGUGGUUCCGGGAAAACUGAGAGUACAAAUUUUCUUCUCCACCAUUUAACCGCGCUCAGUCAAAAGGGAUCCCACGGAAGUGGAGUCGAGCAGACGAUUCUCAGCGCGGGGCCUGUCCUCGAAGCGUUUGGUAACGCGAAAACCGCACACAAUAACAACUCGAGUCGAUUCGGCAAAUUUAUUCAGGUCAAUUACAAGGAAAAUGGAAUGGUUCACGGUGCUGUGGUACAGAAAUAUUUAUUGGAGAAGUCGAGGAUUUGUAGCCAAGGACGGAAUGAGAGGAACUAUCAUGUGUUCUAUUAUCUAUUGGCUGGUGCUUCGGAGCAGGAGAGAGAACAGUUGCAUUUGUUGAGUGUUGAUAAAUAUAAUUAUUUGUCGCGGACUGGUUGUAGUGUGGUGCCCGGGGUGGAUGAGCAGUAUGAGUUCUCGCGGUUAAAACAAUCUAUGGACAUGGUGGGCUUCACUAUGGAUAAACAGCGGAGGUUGUUUGCGGUUUUGUCAGCUGUUUUACUAUUAGGUAACGUUGAGUUCCAACCCCAACGCAAAUCAUACCACCACGACGAGGCCGUGGGCGUGCGAAAUCCUGAAGUAGUAUCGCUGAUAUCGUCUUUAUUACGAGUGAAACAGGAGACAUUAUUGGCUGCACUCACGUCCAAAAGGGCGAGAGCGUCGGGAGAAACACUUGUUAUAAAUUAUAGGCUGCCAGAAGCGAUAGCAACCCGCGACGCAAUGGCUAAAUGCUUAUACGGUGCUUUAUUCGAUUGGAUUGUGAUGCAAGUUAAUCACGCUCUGCUUUCUAAAAAGGACACGCUAAGGGAACACCAGGGACAUAGUAUAGGCGUCCUCGACAUAUUCGGUUUCGAAGACUUCGGUCCGAACAACAGCUUUGAGCAACUCUGCAUCAAUUACGCUAACGAGCACUUGCAAUAUUACUUCAACCAACACGUAUUUAAGUACGAGCAAGAGGAGUAUAGGAGAGAGGGGAUUCGGUGGACGGACAUAGGUUUCUCGGAUAACACCGGAUGUCUUCAGCUUAUAGAGGGAAAGCCGGGUGGAUUGCUGUGUCUCUUGGAUGAUCAGUGCAACUUUCCCUGGGCUACGAAUGAGACGUUACUCCAAAAAUUCAACUCUGUACACGAAGAGAAUCCGUUCUACGAGAAGCCUACGCGCCGCGAGCCAGCUUUUGUAGUAAGGCAUUACGCGGGGAGGGUAAAAUAUCAGGCAACAGCGAUGCGAGAAAAGAACUUAGACCUCAUGAGACAAGAUAUCGUGAGUGUCCUCAAGAACUCGUCUCUGGCGUUUGUGAGGGAGUUGGUGGGAGUCGACCCCGUUGCUGUGUUCCGUUGGGCGAUCGUCAGAGCUUUUUUCAGAGGGUACUUUGCAUUUAUGGAAGCGGGUAGCAGACAUAGAGUUAAUAGAGUGGAUGGUGCUUCAAGAGUCCCCCGAGCGUCCAUACACGCUGCGAACGAAAGUAUAGUUAGCCAACUGGUGACAGUGUCAUCAAUCAAUCUCGCAAUCAACAGAAUUGCAACGCCGCAAAGGGCGGCAACGAAAGCACGAGAGACGGGAAGAACUGAACGAAGAGAAGCAGCUGGGGGAGGGUCUCGGGCGGCGAAACCGACCAAAAAUUAUAGAACCGCCGAAACUAGGACUCGCCGCACUGACAGGGACCUAGACGACGCGGACGUGUUGCAGCGAGCCAGUCAGAUCGUCAUGAAAAAUAAGUCGUUCCGGCCUCGGGAGCGCGCGAAGAAAGGCUUAAAGAAUCUACAGAGUGUAAAAACAUUGGCCGGUCGAACGGCUGCUGCGGGAAAGAGAAAGCAACCUCAUACAGUGGCCGCUCAGUUCCAGCAUUCUCUUGCAGCACUCAUGGAAACCCUGAAUCAAGCAAAUCCAUUUUUCAUAAGAUGUAUAAAAUCAAAUAGUGACAAAAUCCCCAACGUUUUCGAUGAAGAAACAGUCCAGCGUCAGCUCAGAUAUACGGGAAUGCUCGAAACUGUACGCAUUAGACAAGCCGGAUACAACGUACGACUUACGUACGAAGAGUUCAUACAAUUGUACAGAAUUUUGCUACCAAAGGGCCUGCUCAGCUCACAAUCUGAUGUGCGGCAUUUUCUUGCCACCCUCAAUUUGGAUAGGGAUAAUUAUCAAAUGGGUGCCACAAAGAUUUUUAUGCGGGAAAGCGAGCAGACAAAGCUGGAAUAUCGGCUUCAUCAACAAAUAAUGGCAUCCAUCAUCACAAUCCAGCGUUGGUUUCGGGCUUUACUCGAACGGAGACGGUUUCUCGUAUUGCGUCGAGCUUCGCAUACCAUACAAACUUAUUGCAGACAAUGGCUUGCAACACGCCAUGAAGCUGCCACGAGAUUGCAAGCCUGGUUCCGUGGGAGUCAGGUACGGAGAUGGUACACGAAAUUUCGGGACUCUGUUAUCAUCUUCCAAGCGGCGGCGAAAGGGUUCCUUAUAAGAAAAACAUUGCCAGAACUUAGAAGACAACUGCCAUCGACCAGGCAUAAACCUGAGCAUGAGAGAGCCUCGAUCGCGUCCGAGUCAGAACUGUACAAGGCGAAGCAGCCGAGCAUCGAGCAACUUAAGAAUAUCAUCGAUAUACAGUUAAACAUGUUGAUUCAAGAAGAAGCAGAAAAAUCAAGACAAUUGCGAGCUACACAAUCUUUGCCUCUUGCCAGCUUAGAAAACAAGCGAGAUAGCCUAUCGCUAGAGAGUUCGACUCAGAAGACGUAUCACAAACGAAAAGUCUCCAAGACCCAGAACAUCACAGAGGUGCCAUCGAAACAGGCUAGUCAGAAUUUAAUAAACAAAGAGACAAGUGAAUCUUCACCCGAGGAGAGUUGGAAUGCGAACAAAAGCAAAUACCCUCAGGGCAUUGUGGCCUGGCCCAAAAAGAUCACCCCAGAAGUCCUCGCCAAUGAGCUGCUCUGGCUGCGGAUAGAUCAGAAUUAUCUUAUGGCUGAGAAGAAUAAGAUACGGGAAAGAGAAUUAGCAGAAACGUUAGCGACAAGUAGUGAAGAAUAUCUACGGCAAGUUGGCGAUUGGAGUCCCGCGGAUAGCACCGACACUAAUACGAGCUCAAGGCGAACAUCACCUCAAGUAUACCAGCGAAGUCUGUCAAGUACAACCUUGGAACCAGCGAGGACUCUACACAGCCUUCCACCUGUUAGAAGAGAUCCAAGAGAUUCGAGGGACAUGCGAGAUUCUAAAGAACGACACGACAUGCCCCUUGAUACCUCGUGCGCAUCCCUGGUACGAGCCGUAGAAGCACCCGCGCCGCCUGCGCGUUCAGCGAGACGUGAAACGAGACGAGCUGUGGACAAACUCGAUCGGGUUGAACAUUCUGAUCGACUGUCGAGGACCGAUGCUGCCAAUGCCAUGGCGUUGCCAUGUCCCGAAGCUAAACGAGCGUCAUCUGAAAUACCGGUUGUGGCGGGAGACCCUCUGCGCCGGCGCAACUCAGAUCCCGCGCCGGAACCUAGAGUCGCGGACUACAUUGGGCACACCGCUAACGGGCUGUUUGGCAUCGCGGGGCAUAGAUUUCGCAAAGGAACGAGAUUCGCAAAAGGUGAUAAGUGCGUAUACUGUCAUCAGGCUAUCGACGCGUUCGUCACUCAGGGCCAGAGAUGUAUCGACUGCAAACAAUUGUACCACACCAAAUGUAUUCAGAAUAAGGGUGUCAUCACAAUGCCAUGCCCCAGCCCAGUGACGGGUGCAACUCGAGGCAGGCAUAAAAACCGGAAACGGAUUAACCUCAAGGAGUCUCCGUACAAUUUGUUGAUGGAACACUCGAAAGUUGGCUCCAACUUCAGUUUGACAGGCACGUCCGAGUUUAUGGACAGAACCGACAAAAUCAUAUCGGACGCCACCGAAUUGCAAGCGAUGCAGAACUUCAUAACAAAGAAAAUAUACCAAAUGGAGUCGUCUGAGAAUCCGAAUGCUAAGCAAUCUGAGGUCGACAGGGUAUUUAAGCACGCACUGAGAGAGUUCAAAGACAAUUUAGUGGCCACAUACAGCGUGGUAGAGACACGUGGCUCGGCCCUCAAGUACAAAGACCUUAUUGGGAACUUCCUUCACGUUAUGGAAACCGUUUGCGCAAGGGAAGGGUCUACUCUGUCCAUCACAAUGGGAGUCAACGCUUUCAGAGGGUUCAUGGAUGAGUUCAUGAGCCAACACGAAACUGAUAAAGCGAGGACCAAGCGGAAAAAGGAUAAGAAACGAAAGGUCGACGAUCCAAUACAAUACAUGGGUCAUACAUUCAUCCUAUCGAUGAUUAACAUUCCCACCGAGUGUGAGAUCUGCAAGACCUUCUUCAUGUGGCCCUUGGAGCGGUCCUUGAUUUGCCAAACCUGCAAGCUUGCGUCACAUAAGAAGUGUUUUAUGAAGGUAUCCACACGAUGUAGAGCUGACACAAUGACUCCUUCAGCGUCCAUAGUAGGCGCUGUUGACGCGGGGGGCAGGGAACAAAUGGGACUUAAGAGGGGGAAGGUAUUCGGUGUGCCAUUAUCAGAGUUGCCAACAGGCGAAGGCAACAUUCCUAUAGUAGUAGAUAGACUUAUCACGUCCAUAGAGAUGAUCGGAUUGUACACUGAAGGGAUUUACAGGAAAAGUGGAUUGAGUUCUAAGGUCCGCGAACUUCGACGUCUUUUAGACGAACAACCCGAAGAGAGCGUAGAACGUUUAGACGCGUACGCAGUUCACGUACGCGCUUCCGUACUUAAGAGUUUCUUCCGGGAGCUACCGGAACCGUUGCUGACUUUCGACCUCUAUGACGACCUUAUACUUGCCGCACAGAUGUCUGAUCCCCAGGAACGAGUAUCGAGUAUAUUCACACUCCUAAAGAAACUACCGAAAAUCAACUACGAUGUCGUGGAGAGAUUAAUUUUUCAUCUCGCAAGAGUCGCUCUCAGAGAAGAACAUAAUAGAAUGGGAGCGAACGCGCUCGCUAUAGUGUUCGCGCCGUGCAUACUGCGUACGCACAAGAUCCAACCUGCGCAGGACUCGCUUCACGACAUCGCGCGUCAGACGGCCUGUCUGGAAGCCAUACUUUUUGACAAGAUGAGCAAUACACGCGGUACCCUCGCCGAUAUAGAGACGUUGGAUAAGGCAUGUGCAACAGCCACAGAUAGGCUCACGCACAUCCGCGCUCGAAGCGAAGCUCCGCGACCCGAAGAGCAAAUUCUGGAGGGACACAUUCAUGAGAUGGAAAAGGAAAAAGCCACGCUCACAAAUAACUUGCCCGCGCUCAUAUAUAGAACAACAUCGGACGACGAUAUGUUAUCCACUACAGAACAAGAUGGUGAGUUUGGUAGUACUGAUGAUCUUAGUACUGGGGCGUCAUCUUUACGCUCGCAGCGAUUAUUACACAGACAACUGUCAUCUGAUGAUCCUAUUAUGGUCUAA